AUGGCUGCCUCGCCGUCAGGCCUCAGUGCUGGGCCUGGAGGCCUGAUCAGCAGCCUCCUGCUGCUGCUGCUGCCGCCUCUGCUGAACUUGGGUUACAAAGAAAAUGAUACCGAACCAGCUUGUGGCAAACCCUGGUGGUCGGAGGAUUUGGAUGGGACCCGCCACUGGCCCUGGGAGGUGAGCCUCCAGCUGGAAAGAGAACACGUGUGUGGAGGGGCCCUCAUUGACCACAAAUGGGUGGUGACCGCGGCCCACUGCAUCCAAGGCACCAAAGAGUACUCGGUGACCCUCGGCACCUCCCAGCUGAAGCCCUCGGACCCCAGGAAGGCCAUCUCGAUCCCCGUGAGUGACAUCAUCCUGCACCCCAAGUACUGGGGCCGGAUCUUCCUCAUGGGCGACCUUGCCCUUCUCCGGCUUCACACUCCCGUCUUCUUCAGCAAGUACGUGCAGCCCAUCUGUCUCCCCGAGCCCACCUACAACCUGAAGGUUGGGACACAGUGCUGGGUGACCGGCUGGGGCCAGGCUAAGCAGCGCUUCUCAGUCAACUCCACGCUGGCCCCAGAGCUGCAGGAGGCCGAGGUGUUUAUCAUGGACAACAAGAGAUGUGACCAGAUUUACCGCAAGAAGUCCCGCAUCCCCCGCAUUGUCCCCCUUGUCUUGGAGGACAUGAUCUGUGCCACCAAUUACGGAGAAAACUUGUGCUAUGGGGACUCUGGGGGCCCAUUGGCUUGUGAAGUCGAGGACAGAUGGACCCUGGCUGGAGUGUUGUCCUGGGAAAAGGCUUGCGCCAAAGCACAGAAUCCAGGGGUGUAUACACGUGUCACCAAAUACAGCAAAUGGAUCAAGAAUCAAAUGAGCAACAGGGCUCUCUCAGGCCCCUGCACCUCUGUCUGGCUUCUACUCCUGUCCUGGCUGCUGCAGCCCCAAGUGGGCCCCUGA